UAUGAAAAUCUUAUCAAGAUAUUUCUAUUAUUCUCUCUUUUUAGCUGUACAAGGACCACCGAUAAACUGUGGAACUAUCCCUUCCAAGUUUGGUCUGGCAGCUUCGAAAUAUUCUCAUCAGGAAAAUACCGAUGUUUACUUUAUUAAUCUGGAAGCAAAAACUUAUAAGACAAUAAUCUCUAUCGACAAGCGAAUCUACCAUAUAAACUAUAAUCCAAAUGAUGAGCAUAUAUAUAUUUAUAUUAGUAGUCAAUUAUACAAAUUCCCUUUGGCUGACGCUAUAGAUAAUACCAUAACUGGGAAUUGGAAUAAUUAUAUUAUACCGACAAGUACUUCGGAGUAUAUAUACUACCUUGCCCAAUUUAUCGAUAUUUAUGGGAACGUGAUAUGGUCUGGUGAAGAUAGUUCUAAUUCCAAAAUAGCUGUAUCUAGCUUGGAUGGUAACCAUAAAAGCGUUGUUGUAACGGGUGAAAGACCUCUGUCUUUAGCUGUUAAUCCUUUUAAUGGAAAAUUGUAUUAUUAUUUCGAGGAUGGUGCAAACCCAACUCACGAACUUAUCAGAAGAGAUCAAAGUGGAAAUAACCGAGAGCUGAUAAUGAAUGGAGUUCACAUUUCAUUUAGUAUGGAUUACAGUACAGGAACCUUAUGGGUAACAAACAACGAAAAUAAAGUGUUUACGAUUGAUUCUUCCGAUAACCUUCAAGAGAUUGGGGAAAAUAGUAAAAUAAGAGGUAAAUUGGCUGGUAUUGGCCAGGAUAAAACAAAGAUAUAUUUCAGCGAUAUCUUCGAUCCAAAUAUAUAUUCAAUUCUAAAGAAUGAUGUAUCAGUAUCUGAGAAAGUUGUUUCGUUAUCAAAAAGUAUUGGUACACUUACAAUAUAUGAUUCAGAAACCCAACCAUUGCAAGCUUCUCCUCAACCACCUUGCUAUAAUCAAAAUCCCGGAAAAUGCUCCAAUGGAAUAUGUGUUCCCACUUCUUCGUCUACGUCUACGUGUUUAUGCGAUAUUGGAGAAACUUGUUCAUCAGCCACGAAUGAUCCACAUAUUUUAGUGCAUGUUGAAGGAAUCUCUCUUCCUCUUUGUUUUGAUAUCGAAGGAAAGGACGGAGAUGUUAUUAGUCUCUUCCAGCAUCAAUCUUCACGGUCGGAACUUCGAGCUCAGUUAAGAGGAGAUCAAUAUUUUAAAACCUUUUAUUUUACUACUGAAGGAAAUCAACUCUUUUUUACCACUACUAAAGUCAUAAUUAAUGGAGAAGUGGUUAGUAAAUGGCCAACAACCAGACCAAAACAUAUAAAUCUUCCAAAGUUACAAAUUAAAAGCUUGGGUACUACUAAAUUUGACAUUGAACAUUCCAAAUGGACAAUUCGUAUUGAAUAUGUUCAAAAGUUCCUUCCAUAUCUAAAUAUAUAUCUAAUAAAGUUAAACGAAGAUGGCAAUAUUUUUGAAGGAAUGAUUGGUUCAAUAUAUUCUCAGAAUUUUACUUUAUCUCUCAACCCACAAACGAAUAGUAGAUCAAUUAUCACUGCCAAACAUAAAGUACUUCCCCUGGACUAUAGGCAUAUACAAGCCGUAAAGAGUAUUAAAAGCGACAUUGAAUGUUGGAUGACAUCAUCUAAAGAUGAAGGACUUUAUGUACAACCUUCCAUUGAAUAUUUGUUACCUUGUAUGACCUGUUGA